UUUUUCCAUCACUGGCCAAGCAAAAGCCGUCAAAUCAUCGUCGCAUUUGACCCAACAUAUUAAACUAGUUUUUGCGUUCGAACAGUUUAAAUUCCCAUCAGAUCCUCGAAAUGAGUACUAUUGGCACCGGAUACGACCUGUCGGCCUCGCAGUUUUCGCCGGAUGGCCGCGUUUUCCAGAUCGACUACGCCUCGAAGGCUGUGGAGAAGAGCGGCACCGUGGUCGGGAUCCGGGGCAAGGACGCAGUGGUCCUCGCCGUGGAGAAGAUCAUCACCAGCAAGCUGUACGAACCGGAUGCCGGCGGGCGCAUCUUCACCAUCGAGAAGAACAUCGGAAUGGCGGUGGCCGGAUUGGUGGCCGACGGAAACUAUGUGGCGGACAUCGCCCGCCAGGAGGCAGCCAACUACAGGCAGCAGUUCGAGCAAGCCAUCCCGCUGAAGCACCUGUGCGACCGCGUCGCCGGCUACGUCCACGCCUACACCCUGUACAGCGCCGUCCGCCCCUUUGGGCUGUCGAUCAUCUUCGCCUCCUGGGACGAGGUGGACGGCCCACAGCUCUACAAGAUCGAGCCCUCGGGCUCCUCCUUCGGCUACUUCGCCUGUGCCAGCGGCAAGGCUAAGCAGCUGGCCAAGACCGAGAUGGAGAAGCUGAAGCCGGACAUGAAGAUCGACGAUCUGGUCAAGAGCGCCGGAGAAAUCAUCUACAAGGUCCACGAUGAGCUCAAGGACAAGGACUUCCGCUUUGAAAUGGGCUUGGUUGGCAGAGUGACCGAUGGUCUGCAUCUCAUCAAUCCCCCAGAACUGACCGAGAAGGCGCGGAAUGCCGGAGAUGCCGCCAACAAGGAGGAUGACAGCGACAAUGAGACGCAUUAGAUCGUUUUUGGCAGUGAAUCUAAUUCUGGGCCUAAAUACAUAACGUUAAUUUUAUAUUUCCCUAAAGCGCAAAAUGUAUAAACAAAAAUCGGGUGAA